CAGUUGCUAUUCGGCGGUCGGCACUUGAGCAGCGCGCUCUCUCAUAAGCAGCUUCGGGAGUGAUCUUUCCUACCGCUUUCGGCAAACAGUUUGCCAAAAUAGAUGUUCUCUGCGAUCGGUCGCGUUUGUUGGUGAUUGGUUUUGAAAGUGCAUUUUGCGUUGUUAAAACGUAAAAACGAAUAUAAAAUUGCACGAAAUACCAAGCGACUCCAGAGUUGUGCUACAAAAUUUGGACUGUUUUGUGACAAGAAUCCUUGGGUGAAGUUUUGUUAUUUGUUGAUUUCCGAGGGUUGAUGUUUCGUCGGUUGGGUUGCGUGUUUUCAUAAUUUAGAAAGAAGAUUCUGAAAAUUUUGUGUGUUGAGUGUCGGAAUGAUUCGGUGAAAUUGAUAAUUUUCUGAGUUGGAAGACUCAACUCCAGUCACAGCAAUCAGUUUGUAAAGUGUUUCAAUUGAUGGCCAGAAUUUACUUGGAUUAAUAAAGAGCUGGAGCUGAUUUGGACGGAGAAAAUUGCUGUGACAACAAGCCCUCACCCGAUUACGGAAUAUUUGGCCCACGCGUGAACUUGGUAAAGUUUUGUUUCAAGUGAUAAUUUUCCAAAGUGUAGAAGUUGUUGGAGCAGAGGUGCUUUUGUGAAAACAGCAGGAGCUACCGGUGUAUCUUUAUCGUUACCAUCGUCGUGCGGAAAAGAUUAAUCGGCGAAAGAUUGAAAAACGGGAGAACGGUUCGUUUCGGAAUAGUAGUUCGUUGAGGUGCAGUGUGGACAUUGAAUAGAUCAAAUAUAAAUUCGGAAUAGCAUGUAGAGUUUCAAUAAUUCAGUCAAAUCAGCCUAUAUUUACUAAAUAGUUCAUCCUAUCACCCCUAGAUGUACAAGUGUUAAUUGUUGCAAAAUUUUCGAGAUCUUGUAGCUGUUGGUGGAGAAUUGCGAAUAACUUAUAAAAAGCGCACCAAGAAGCUUGAGGCAACGGAACAAAAAGGAGGCCACCAAUCAAGAACCAAAAUUCAAAUCGGAACGCUUUACGCUUCACAAGAACUCACCAAUUAAAUACAAUUGCGCUCGGUUUGAACACAGAGAGAAAAAACCGAAGCAUUUUAAUUAAAACUUCAGUCCCGCAUCUAAUCGACCGAGUUCAUUCCUGCGGCAGAGUGUGUGGUGGAAAAAAGGAACAUCGGGAGAAAGCUAGGUGAACAUUAUUAUCGUGGUGAGCAGCAGGAACAAAAAGGAUUGCCCUAAUUGGUGCUUGUGGUGGAAUUGUUGCACAGAAGCAACCGUUGUUAGACGAGAGAGGACCCGGUUGUCCUCUCCGAUGUGUAUUUAACAUUACCGGUGAAACUGUAAGCAUUGUGGCCAGCAAUCGAACGGAAGCGAUGAGUAGACACAGGAUGUGGGGCAGCGCCGCAACGAUGAUUGUGGCGCUCUGUCUCCUGCCAUGUCUAGCUAUGGUAGGUGCCCAGCAGCAGCAACAUACGGCAUUUGGAGCCACCGAAACUGAAAGCAACGAUUUGACACCGAACACCGGCGAACAGAUCUCCGCCCGGCGCUUCAAGCGAAUGUACGCUAUGUGUCCGCCGCGGUUCUUCCGCAUCGGCAACGAGUGCUACUACAUCUCACCCAACAAGCAAAACUGGCUCGAUGCCCACUUCGAGUGCAAGGAUCGCAACAGCAAGCUGGCCGAACCGCUGAAGUACGAGGACAAGAACCUGCGCAAGUUUCUGGUCAAGUCCAAUGAUAAGAACUACUAUUGGAUCGGUGGCAACUACAACUGGCAAACCGACAAGUGGCAAUGGGGCUACAACGGGAAGGACAUCGGAUACCAAUCUUUCAGUCAGAUGGUUCCAGGGAGCAGCCAGGAUUUGAAAUACCACUGUGCAGUGCUUAACCCUGAUCUCAAAUACAGAUGGGCAGCCAAGCUAUGCACAGACAAACUGAACUUCAUCUGCCAGCACAAGAUGCCCUUCGUGAACAGCAACAGCCGUUCGAAGGUAUACAACCGGUGGAACGCCACCUUCCCGAACCAGCUGGCCAACGAGGUGGAGGUGGUCGUUGCCGACCAGCCGAGGAGCGUUAGGCAGAAGGACUACUACAGCGUCGGCAGCACCACAUCGGUCAACCCAACCGCUAACUUGCUAAAUCGAAUACGGAGUGCGAAAAAUUCCACCCGAACCGUACGGACGCGUCCUUCCCGUCGUCGGAUGUCACACCGCAACAGGUUGCUGCAGCCAAAGAACGACUACAUCAGCAACGACGUCUAUCGUCAUCCGGUCGUGGAAUACGUGCGAGAUCCCAGCAAUGAACUGAACCUAGUCAACGGAAACGGUCAUCGCAAUGGGAACGGAGGUUCAGCCUUCCAGCGUGGAUUCAACGUGGAUAUUCAUCGCAGGAAGACCCACAAGAAGCACAACAGGGUGAGCGAGGUGAAGGGCGACAUCCGUCCGCACCAACAUCGUCACCAUUUGGGGGAAGCGCCCGCAAUGGCGGCAGCGGCAGCUACAACCAGGACGACAACGACAACGACCACAACGGCAGCACCAAUGACCGCUAGAGUACAGAAAACCCCUCCAACCCAUGCAGCAGUGACACUCUCCCAGCAGUACGAAAAGAAGAAAGCUCUCCGCGAUAAGGUCCGGCAGCGGCUGGCCCUUCUAACGCCUGAAGAGCGCGAGAGUUUCUACGUCGAGCGUGCCAAACGAAAACGGGCCAAGAAGCAGAAGUCCACGAACGAAACCAUUCCGUAAGCAGUCCGCAACAGACAGGGGAUGUAGCGAAACAAGAAGCCUCACACGAGUCAGCCUCGACGCGGAAUAAGGGACGGGCGAAAGGGACCUCCAGCUCCCUCUCUUGUGCCCGGAGGACUCGGAUUGACCAAUCUUACAAAGAAGCACGAUAUAAAGAGUAUAAAACUUAAUCGGUUCCUAAGUCUGUUUCUACACAACACUCGUAUUACAUAAACUUUACUUACGUUCAAUUUAGGGAAGAAAAAAAUAUAUAACCUCAAACAUAUCCUUCCUUUUCUCUAGCGAAUAACUGCAGAAAGUUUGCCAUCCAACAGCGGAUUACACGUGAUGCGUUUAAUUGUUUAAUUCCGCCAUUGUUUACGUUCAAUGAAACGCUAAGAAUUGAACGAACAUAUACAUAUUGACUAACAGUGACUAGUUACGAUUUCUGUUGCCCUAAUAAACGCACUGUUAUUUUUCCAGUUGAAAUUAAAUAUUACUAAAAUUAGGAAUAUAUAUUUUAUAUCAAACAAAAAAAGAAUAAAUAAAAGCCAGCAACCGACAGUCAUUAUUUGUUAAGUUCAAAACUAUAUAUCAAAAAGCACUUUUUCGAAGUACAGCACCCGCGCUAAUGCAAGAAGAUUAAAUAACAGCAUAUAUUGUAUCUUAAGUAGUGGUUAAAAAAAGGAAACCAGUCGAUUCUUUCCAAGAAUAAUUCAAUAUCCUGUUGGGGUAUGAGUGGAAGAGAAGUGGAUGAGUAGAAUUGUGGAACCCCGGAAUACCCGGUGGAAAAAAAACAAGUGAAGGUGUAAAUCAGCUAUAAUAAUAGCACCAGGAAAAUCCUCGAAACUGUACUUUAUAGAAAAUUAAAUACAUUCAAGUAUCUACAAUACACAUAUGGAGCAAAUGAUUAUGGAAUAGAAAGAAAACUAGAAAACAACUAUUAACAAUUUGCCAUAUUAACGGGAACUAAUAUUACCUAUUAUUUUUACAUUUUCUAUUGUAAUAUUUACCCAACGUUUCAAUCUUAAUAUAUAUUUUUUUAAUUAGUUCCGUUUCCUAAAUAUUGAAAUAUUUAAAAAUCCUUCUGUUAGUUAAUCAUAGAUCUAUUUAUUCAUGAAUCGAAUAAAUGUUGUACAAAAUUUGGCUUAACUUUGAA